UGUGUUAUUGAGUCCAUAUCUAAAGUGACCCAAAAAAGUCAUUCAUCAACUUGCAGUGUGAGUGAGAGAGAACUACUACUGCUACUUAUAAACAUAGGCAUUUGUAAUUUUGCAAUUUGCUUAAACACUCAAAGCUCUUCUCUUUUUUCCCUCACACUCCUCAAGAAACCAAAAAAAAAAAAAUAUCACCAAGAAAAAAAUAGAGAAAAAACAUAAGAAACUAGGUAAUAAGAUGGUGGCAGAAACAUGGAAGAAAGACCUGUUGUAUUAGAUUCUGUUGUGGAGGUGUCAAAAAGAUAAUCAUAGGGUCACCUAGUAGUUAAGCUCACCAUGUCAAGGCAAGCUCAUCUUCCACCUCGCUGUCCGUUUCAGAAGAAACCGUUAACUUGCCCGGUUCAAGGUCCUUUUAGCCCACCAUCACACCAACAGAACCCGUUGCCUCCUCGACAUCAAAAAUCUGUUUCCGAAAGCUCCAUUCUAGAAGAGCAGCCUGUAUGGCUUGAUGAGCUUCUGAGCGAUUCGGGCUCAAAUUCUAGUGGCAUAAUGCAUAGGAGAUCAGCUAGUGAUUCUUUGACACUUUUGGAUGGUCUUGGUUCAUUGGAAGGCUUUGAUAAGUUUGACGAAACUGAAUCCAAUGCUUCUUGUGAAUCGGAUAGUAGUUCAAAGACUAAUUGUAUCUAUGGUCCUAAUUCACCCCGUGGAAAGAGCAACAUAACCUUUGCAGACAAUGCUAUAGUUUCAGCAUUAUCAGAAUAUGUGUCUCCAAACCCUUUACAAUAUUUAGAUAGGUGUAUUUCUGUGUCUGGAGCUGCACAAUCGGAGUCAAUGGGCAAUGCUUCUGGUGCAGCUGAUGAUGUCAGUGCUGAGGCAAAACCAAUGAAACGGCAUCCUGGGCAGAGAUCGAGAGUCCGUAAACUCCAAUAUAUAGCUGAAUUAGAGAGAACUGUCAACACAUAUGAGGCUAUAGAGUCAGAUUUAACUGCCAAAGUUGCUUCUCUGCUUCAGCGUCGUGUUACUUUAUCGAUGGAGAAUAGAGAGCUAAAACAACAGAUGCUCAGACUUCAGCAAGAAAAAGUCAUUGUUGAUGCCCAGUACAGGUCAUUGAGGAAAGAAUUGGAAAGAUUGAAACAGUUGGCACGUUCUCGCAAUGGUAAGCUGAGCACCAACUUCAGGGUGAAUUCUGCUGCUGAGAUGACUGGUUCUGAUGCAGCUUGGCAGAUGCUGGACUUCGGAAAACUGGAUCUCAACUAAAAGGAAGUUGAUCUCGUGGCUGAAACUCCUUCAAACUCGGUCUGUGAAUCCUCUUUAGAACUUUUAGGAUUAAGACAAUAACUGUCUUAACAUUUGAUGACUUGACUGUAUUAACAACAAAAAGGGCAGCGCCCGCUCAUGUAGUGUUCGGGGAAGGGAGGGAUGAUGUAGACAAGACUUAUCAUAAUGCAUUAGUGGUUGCUUCCACGACUAUCAACAUGCAAGUUACAAAACUUGCUAGACUUUCUCAAAAUCCACUCAUGUCUCCCACAUUCCUUCCAUUUUCUUAAAAAUGUUAUGUGGAUCUUAAAUUGUCA